GGCAGCGAUCCAGGUGGACACGGAAUUACCUCAGCCAUGGCAAUGCUACACCGUGCAUUAUUCACCUGGUUCCUCCUCCUGGUCUUUCUCAUCCUGCUUGCACUCCGGCUUGACCACAGAACCCAGUGGAAUUGGUUCAUUGUCUUUAUCCCUAUGUGGUUCUAUGAUGCACUCCUUCUCAUAUACAUUAGCAUCCACAUGAUCAAUGAAUGCCGCACGGCUGUUGGGGUGUCAGGCGGCUCACACCACCGCACGGCGAGGCAGCGUCUCUCAGCCAUCCUGAAGCGGGUCUGGCCCCUGCUAGCUGUCAUUCUCAAAAUGGCAUUUAUGGUGGCCCUGUGCCUAAAGCAGCAGAACCCUGAUGCAGGAAUUACAUCCUACCACGUUCUGUUGCCGCUAUGGAUUCUCCUGCUGGGUCUGUGUAUCAAUGUCCUGCAUUGCUUAGUGUUGCAGCACCAAGAUCGAUUUCCAUGAUGUGCAGGGAAAGGGAGAAGGGUAGUGAGUGAGAAACUUUGCUGUAUAUGUAAUUAUAUGAACUGUACAAAAUGUAAUGUGGAUUAAUAAGUAUUGCAUUAGGAGGAGAAGCCCUGGAGAUUAUUAUUUUUUCUAUUGUGAUGUGGAAGUAUUUGUGUUGACAAUUUUCUUACUUAGCUCUUUAAAUUUUCAGAUAGCAAAAAUAUUAUAAUUUUUUUAGGAAUAUUUAGAAAGAGUUGCUUAAAAUUGUAAUGAUAAAGCAAAGAUAUCCUCAGAAAUAAUAAAAAAAGUGCAGUUGCAUUAUUUGGAUAUCUUAUAGAUGCAAAAUAUUACGCCCUGUGGAAAAUUUUAGGGAAAAGCAAUUUUUUUUUUUUACUCAUAUAAUGUAAAACUGUCUGCCUGUAGGCUCUAUAGAAAGCAUAUUUAAAGGUAAUUUAGGUAGGCUGAUUUUUUUUGAUUUUUUGAUUUUUUAUUUUUUUAUUUUUUUGAAAAUUAUGACAUGAAAUAUAUUGUAUUGAAAUUUUUUUCUUUUAAUAUUAUGCAGGUGCUAAAAUAAAGCCUAUAACUACAUUCUGAACAAGUUUUGUACUUAUUGUCUUUUGGGUUUCACUAUUACCUUUCAUAAAUGUUCUGUUCGUGAGAUAGAGUUUUGUUUAGUUAAUUUUCUGUGAAGUCAUAUGAUAUGAUGUGGUUUGGGUUCUGACUUCCAGAGGAGACCAUGAAGUUACUUUUAUUUUCAACUUCUCUAUCUUUUUAUCAUAGAGUGAGUGAUGUGGAUGUAUAUAGGUUUGCCUCUUAUGAAUACCAGUUAAUAUAUCCAGGAAAUUGAUGAUGGUUUGGUAAAUUUGUAAUGAAAAUAAUUAUUGUUUUAAUAACAU